AGUUUUGCGAUUGAUUUAAACGAUCACCGUCCAAACUCCUCUUUACCUUAGGUACUGUAUCAUGGGUCGUAUCAUCAGGGCGCAACGUAAAGGUCGUGGAAGUGUGUUCAAGGCUCACACUCACCACCGAAAAGGAGCCAGCAAACUUCGAGCGCUAGACUAUGCCGAGUCGAACGGAUUCAUCAAGGGUCUGGUUAAGCAAAUUGUUCACGAUCCUGGUCGUGGCGCCCCGCUCGCGCGCAUUCAAUUUCACAACCCGGUGUGUUACAAAAAGAGCGUCGAAACCAUGGUCGCAGUGGAAGGCAUGUUCGUUGGUCAGUCUAUAUAUGCAGGAAAAAAGGCUAAGUUGACAGUCGGAAAUAUUCUGCCACUCGAAUCCAUGCCCGAAGGUAUGAUCAUCUCCAACGUUGAAGAAAAGAUUGGAGAUCGAGGAGCUUUGGCGCGCGCAUCAGGUAGAUACGCAACGAUUGUGGGUCACAAUCCCGAGACCAAUCGAACAAUUAUCAAGCUUCCGUCUGGCAAGAAAAAAAUUGUUCACUCAAGGUGUCGUGCUAUGAUUGGUAUCAUAGCAGGCGGUGGGCGCACGGAAAAGCCACUACUCAAAGCAGGACGUGCAUACUAUAAAUACAAGGCCAAACGCAAUUGCUGGCCGGUUGUCCGCGGUGUAGCCAUGAAUCCAGUGGAACACCCUCAUGGUGGUGGUAACCAUCAACACGUUGGCCAUCCCACAACCGUUUCCAGACACGCACCUCCAGGACAGAAAGUGGGUCUAAUUGCGGCUAGACGCACUGGAAGACUUCGCGGUACACGUCUCGUUCAACAAAUAAAAUCUUGAGCAUUGUACGCGCAACUCGAUAAAAAAGUCAUACACGUCUCUUGGUGAUCCAAA